CUGCAAUUAAACUUCAGGGUUGGGGACGCGUUAUAGCGUGUCAUCGGGCGGGUCUGUCGCUCACCGCCCACGCGAGGUGGGCUAUUCUGCCACGAGCGCUGGGAAAAUUCACUCCCCACUUCAAACGGCAAGAGCUUCCUUCCACCUUCCACCAAGCCAACCAGCCACCCCCUCCUGUACCCCUUUACGGAGAUUGACGACCGCAGCACGCUACAACGGAUGCCGAUAUGGAAGAGCCACUGCAGUCCACUGAGACCGUCGCUUCAUCCGCUGCCAAUGGCAAGCGCAAGGCCGAGACAGAGCUCGAGAGGGAAGCCAAAAAGAGCCCCCUCGCAAGCAAUGAUCAAAGCCCGACGACCGAUGAAGCAGAAUCCCUACAGACACCGGGCUCGGCAGACACCACAGAUAAACCGCUAUCAAAGAAUCAGCUCAAGCGCUUGAGGCGGCAGCAGCAAUGGGAGGAAUACAAGCAAGACCGGCGGGCGAAGCGCAAGGACAAGCGACACGAGCGACAGGCACGGAAGCGUGCCGAGAAGGAAGCCAAAAUCGCCGAGGCCGAGGCGGCGGGCAUUGACCCUGCGGCGGUGCUGAAACCGCAAAAAGAGCCCUGGAAAUAUCGUCCGGUGCCCAUCUCGUUCAUCAUCGACUGCGACUUCGAGCAGUACAUGCGCGAGCAGGAAAUCGUGUCGCUGUCGAGCCAGAUCGUGCGGUCAUACGCCAUGAAUCGAAAGUCAAAAUACCAGGCUAGUCUCCAUCUCAGCUCAUGGAAAGGGAAGCUCAAAGAGCGGUUUGAGACAGUUCUUAAGAACGCACACAUGAAUUGGAAGAACGUUAGCAUCCAUGAAGGCGAUUUUCGGGAAGCUGCGAAGCAAGCCCGUGAGCAGAUGAUGGGGCUGCAAGGAGGGGAAAUGAUAGACCUCAUCAAGCCGAGCGAGGACGGGCAGAAACAAGCGACGAAUGCGGGCAGUGAAGGUGCCUGUCGCACGGUCGAAGCCGAGCCUGAAGGUGAAGAUGUUGAUCGAACCAUCGUCUACCUUACCUCGGAAUCACCAUAUACACUCGAAAGAUUAGAAGCAAAUACUUGCUACAUCAUUGGAGGAUUAGUGGACCGCAACAGGGAAAAGGGGCUCUGCUACAAUCGAGCCAGGGAGCACAAGGUCCGGACCGCGAAACUCCCGAUUGGCGAAUACAUGGCAAUGCAGAGUCGUUAUGUCCUAACGACAAACCAAGUAGUGGAGAUCAUGGCGAGAUGGCUGGAGUGCGGUGACUGGGGGAAGGCUUUCCUGGAUGUGAUUCCGAAACGGAAAGGCGGGACAUUGAAGUCCGGCGACGUAGAGUCGCGGGGUUCGAAAGAGGAGAACGGUGUCAGUGACGAGGGAGAGGAUGAGAGUGCGGAGGAGGAUGCUCCAGGGGCCGAAAUGCCAUCUGCGGAUAAGACAACCCCUCAGGCACAAACCCACCAGCAGGACGUAGCCCAAUAACAUAUACAGUAGUGCUCGCCCUAGCAUCGAGCACUUGCCCGGGAGAGGGCAUUCCGCCGAUGGUGUGAGAUACCCUCAUAGACCAUCACAUCUGGAGUGAUGAAUUCGAGAGAGCGAUGUGCGCCAUACCGUCUCUCCCAGUGAACGGCACCGGCUUGAGAUUGACAUGUCUAGAACGCAAAUGGCCCUAGCAGCAACCCUGAAAGCAUCCCGCUCUCUACCUGUGCCCACAGGUUAUGAUCAAGACCAAGUUAUCCAUAGGUGACCCCCUAGA